UUUAUUUCAACACUUUUGUGACGAACUCUAUAAAUACCACAAAGAAAUUCUUGAUGAUAAAAUAUUUUCAUCAAAACCGUUAACAUCAUUCGGAAUCACAAAAACAAUAUAUGAAGAUUUUGAACAAUUUACAAUUAACAACAAGAAUUUCAAAGGAUUUCCUACAGCCAAAGGCCCGAGAAUGUGUGAAAAAUUGCCAAAGAAAACCAAGAUUCCGAAGAGUAAUGAAAUUAUUGUCAAAAUGUUAUCAAAUUACUUUGCUGAAAAGAGAAAUUAUAUUGAAAGAGUACUAAAAUUAGAAUUGCAAAGAGGACAAAAAAUCACACUUGAAAAAAGCAAUCAAAGUGAUGAUACUGAUGAAGAUUUGGAUGUAAAUUAUUCUGCCAUCCAAAUUAAACAAGUGCACGAGAAAAAGCGAAAAUAUGUUGAUGAUGCAAAAGAAAGUCCAACACUUAAACAAAGAAAGAUGGAGGAUAGUAUGUUGAAGACUAAUGAGAAUCCAAAGAAUACUCAUGAUAGUCCAGUGAACACUCAUGAUAGUCCAAUGAGCACUCAUAAAAGUCCAUUGAAGUCUGAAGAACCCAAGUCAACUAUUCCCAAAGUUGAUAUCAACAAGCAAGUUAUGGUAAAAUUGAAACGUGAUAUGAAAGAUAGUAUAGAUUAUGAUGAAAAUCAAAAGAAUAAGGAUAUGCCAAAGACUAAAGAAGUAAGCAAGCAAGUUCAAGCCUUAUUAGAAAGUUCGAAAUCUGUUUAUGCCAAUGAAAUGCAAGAGAUAACCUUGAGUCGUCAGUUAUUUGAGGAAAGGGUAGCAAUUAGAAUCAAGUUUUUGGAAGAAAAUCUACAAGUUUACAUAGCUCAACUCGAAAAGAUGAAUGAAAACUUAGUAUGCUUUAUUGCUCAAAAAGAGGAAGAAUUUAAAAAUUUGGAGGCAAAAGAAGAAACUGAGUUGGAUUCAUAUUUAGAGAAAAUAUUUGUAACCCUAUCUCACCCGAAGUCGCCCGACCUGAGUUAG